AUGGAUGGAUUUUCAAGACCCAAGAAAAAACUUAAAGCUUGCGCUCAAGUCGCCACCAACGUGGUGGAGCAGAAGCACCAAGUGUCAAGAGCGAAGCGGGGCAAGGCGCUCGGCAGCAGGGCGUUUAGAGGCAGCACCGUCUGGUUCACCGGGCUCAGUGGUGCGGGGAAGACCAGCAUAGCUUUCGCGCUGGAAGCGUAUUUGGUAUCUAAAGGUAUUCCUGCGUAUGGUCUCGACGGGGACAACAUCCGAACGGGGCUCAAUAAGAACCUGGGCUUCAGCAAGGAGGACCGGGAAGAGAACAUCAGGCGCGUGGCCGAAGUUGCCAAACUCUUCGCCGACAGCGGCGUCGUAUGCCUUUGCAGUUUCGUGUCCCCCUUCGCCGAGGACCGCGAGGUGGCUCGGCGUAUACACACAGACUCGCAGCUGCCGUUCUUCGAGGUGUUCGUGGACACACCACUGGAGGUGUGCGAGCAAAGGGACACCAAGGGGCUUUACAAGAAGGCCAGAGAAGGGCAGAUAAAGGGUUUCACCGGCAUCACCCAAGAGUAUGAGCGUCCCGAGGCUCCGGAGCUGGUCAUCCAGACAGUUGGCCAGACCAUCGAGGAGUCGACCAUGGACGUCAUACGAAUGCUCGAGUCUCAGGGUAUCAUUCCCCGCUCGGAAGCUAGCAAUCAGGGCGUCGAGGAGCUCUUCAUCUACGGCAACAGGCUGAGCAGCGCUAUCGAAGAAGCCGCCAGUCUACCGCAGAUCGAGAUCACCACGGUCGACCUGCAGUGGGUCCAAGUACUGUCAGAAGGUUGGGCGUAUCCUCUGAAGGGAUUCAUGCGAGAAAUUGAAUAUUUGCAAGCGCUGCACUCGAACUGCCUGAGGCUCGCGGACGGUACGCUGGUGAACCAGUCGGUGCCGGUGGCGUUGCCAGUGACCGAGGCGGUGAAGGAGCGCGCUUGCGGCGCCGACGCGGUGGCGCUGCUGUACCGCGGCCGCGCCGUUGCCAUACUGCGCGCGCCCGAGUUCUACCCGCACCGCAAGGUGGAGCGGUGCAGCCGCCAGUUCGGCAUCUACCACACCGGCCACCCCUAUAUCAAGAUGAUCGAGGAGUCCGGCGACUGGCUGGUGGGGGGCAGCCUGGAGGUGCUGGAGAGGGUGCGCUGGCAGGACGGCCUGGACUCGUACCGGCUCACGCCCAACGAGCUGCGCCAGCUGUUCCGCGAGAUGGGGGCGGACGCGGUGUUCGCGUUCCAGUUACGGAACCCCAUCCACAACGGGCACGCUCUCCUCAUGCAAGAAACUCACCGCCAGUUGAUGGAGAGGGGCUUCAAGAAGCCCGUUCUACUGUUGCAUCCUCUCGGUGGCUGGACGAAGGAUGACGAUGUUCCAUUGGAGGUCAGGAUCAACCAGCACAAGGCGGUGCUCAGCGAGGGUGUUUUGGACCCGGAGACUACUGUACUCGCGAUAUUCCCCUCUCCAAUGAUGUACGCCGGGCCUACAGAGGUGCAGUGGCACGCGAAGUGCCGCAUGAACGCGGGCGCCCACCACUACAUCGUGGGCCGCGACCCCGCCGGGCUGCCGCACCCCGCCGCCGCCGGCGACCUCUACGACCCGCGCCACGGCGCCAUGCUGCUCGCCGCCGCGCCCGGCCUGGCCGACCUCGAGGUGCCCACCUCCCACUGCUACCUCCCACUGCUACCUCCCACUGCUACCACCCACUGCUACCUCCCACUGCUACCUCCCACUGCUACCUCCCACUGCUACCUCUCACUGCUACCUCUCACCGCCACCUCUUACUACUACCUCUCACCGCUACCUCCCACUGCUACCACUCACUGCUACACCUCACCGCUAACUCUCACUGCUACCUCCCACUGCUACCUCCCACUGCUACCUCCCACUGCUACCUCCCACUGCUACCUCCCACUGCUACCUCCCACUGCUACCUCCCACUGCUACCUCCCACUGCUACCUCCCACUGCUACCUCCCACUGCUACCUCCCACUGCUACCUCCCACUGCUACCUCCCACUGCUACCUCCCACUGCUACCUCUUACUACUACCUCUCACCGCUACCUCCCACUGCUACCACUCACUGCUACACCUCACCGC